GUUCUGCAAUAACCUAUGGAUCAUUCAAAGAAAAAAAUGAAUUUGAAGGCUUGUUUUCUGUUUGCUCUCCUCUUCGGAGUCAUCUUUCUCGCAUCUUCUGCUCGCACAUUCAACGAUGAACGCAGCUUGGAUAGAGCAGAAGCAACGAAGGAAUAUGAUGAUAUGAAGCAAUAUUGUUCCCAUGGUUGUUGUAGAUAUGCAGGUCAUCAUUGCGUAAAAUGUUGUCGCACUGCUCAAGAAGCUAAUCUCAUGCCAAAUCAAGACAUCCCUCAUGAUUUGAAUGAGGAAGAAGACAUAUAUGGAAUAGAUGAUCGUUCACAUGGAGGCGGACAUCAUGGAGGUGGCAGCGGAAAGGGUGCAGGUGGCGGUGGACAUCAUGGAGGUGGCGGUGGAAAGGGUGGAGGUGGUGGAGGAUCCGGUGGCGGUGGAAGUGGUGGAAGUGGUGGCGGAGGCGGUGGAGGAUCUGGUGGCGGUGGACAUCAUGGAGGUGGCGGUGGAAAGGGUGGAGGUGGAGGAGGAUCCGGUGGCGGUGGAAGUGGUGGUGGGUCUGGCGGAGGGGGAGGAUCUGGUGGUAGUGGGAGUGGCGGUGGAAAGGGCGGGGGCAGUGGAGGAUCUGGUGGCGGCGGAAAGGGCGGAGGCGGUGGAGGUUCAGGUAGUGGAGGAUCAGGUGGCGGAGGGAAGGGAGGAGGCGGUGGAGGAUCGGGCGGCGGAGGAAAGGGUGGAGGCGGUGGAGGAUCGGGUGGCGGAGGGAAGGGAGGCGGUGGAGGAUCAGGCGGCGGUGGAAAGGGUGGAGGCGGUGGAGGAUCAGGAGGCGGAGGGAAGGGAGUAGGCGGAGGAUCGGGUGGUGGCGGAGGAAAAGGAGGAGGAAGUGGUGGCGGAAAGGGUGGUGGUGGCGGGAAAGGUGGAGGUGGCGGCGGUGGUGGAGAAAAUUAA